AUGUUGAGAGCUAACAAUAGAUAUAUACAAAGUGCAACAAAGACCUUUGUGCGUAAUGCAUCAUACAAGGAAUUGAAAUUUGGAGUUGAGGGAAGAGCAGCUUUAUUGAAAGGGGUUAAUACUUUGGCUGAUGCUGUUUCAGUUACCUUGGGCCCCAAGGGUAGAAACGUUUUGAUUGAACAACAAUUUGGGUCUCCAAAAAUCACCAAGGACGGAGUCACUGUGGCAAAAUCAAUCACCUUGGAGGAUAAGUUUGAAGAUUUGGGAGCUAAGUUAUUACAAGAAGUUGCUUCAAAGACAAAUGAGAGUGCUGGAGAUGGUACCACAUCAGCUACUGUGUUAGGUAGAUCCAUUUUCACUGAAUCUGUCAAGAAUGUAGCUGCUGGCUGCAAUCCAAUGGAUUUGAGAAGAGGCUCACAAGCAGCUGUUGAGGCCGUUAUUGAAUUUUUACAAAAGAACAAAAAGGAUGUUACAACUUCAGCUGAGAUAGCUCAAGUUGCUACUAUUUCAGCUAACGGGGAUAAGGCUAUUGGUGACUUGUUAGCCUCGGCUAUGGAAAAAGUCGGAAAAGAAGGUGUUAUCACUGUUAAAGAAGGAAAGACUUUAGACGAUGAAUUGGAAGUUACCGAGGGUAUGAAAUUCGAUCGUGGUUAUAUCUCGCCAUAUUUUAUAACCAAUACAAAGACAAGCAAAGUUGAGUUUGAAAACCCGUUAAUCAUGUUGAGUGAAAAGAAGAUAUCAAACAUUCAAGAUAUUUUGCCUUCAUUGGAGCUUUCAAACCAGACAAGAAGACCAUUAUUAAUUGUCGCUGAAGACAUUGAUGGCGAAGCAUUAGCUGCAUGUAUCUUGAACAAAUUGAGAGGUCAAGUUCAAGUUUGUGCUGUUAAAGCUCCUGGUUUUGGUGACAACAGAAAGAACAUCUUGGGAGAUAUUGCGAUACUUACAGGUGGUACGGUUUUUACCGAUGAACUCGACAUCAAACCCACUGAAGCCACGAUUGACCAUUUGGGAAGUGCAGGCGCUGUCACUGUGACAAAGGAAGAUACCGUUGUUUUGAAUGGUGAGGGCUCCAAAGCUAACCUUGAACAAAGAUGCGAUCAAAUUAGAUCUGUUAUGGACGAUGCCGCAACCACUGAAUACGAAAAGGAGAAAUUACAAGAGAGAUUGGCUAAAUUAUCAGGUGGUGUUGCAGUUAUCAAAGUUGGUGGGUCUUCAGAAGUUGAAGUUGGUGAAAAGAAGGAUCGUUACGAAGAUGCUCUCAACGCCACAAGAGCUGCUGUCCAGGAAGGUAUUUUACCUGGUGGUGGUACAGCUUUGAUCAAAGCUACAAGAAUCUUGGACAAGGUCAAGGAGAAUGCUGAAAAUUUCGAUCAGAAAUUGGGUGUAGAUACCAUCAGAGCUGCUAUCACUAAACCUGCAAAGAGAAUCAUUGAAAAUGCAGGUGAAGAAGGUGCAGUGUUGGUGGGUAAAAUAUAUGAUCAACCAGAUUUCAACGUUGGUUAUGAUUCAGUAAAAGGCGAAUUUACAGAUAUGUUAGCAGCCGGUAUUAUUGAUCCUUUCAAAGUUGUUAAGAAUGGUUUACAGGAUGCUGCUAGUGUUGCAUCAUUAUUGGCCACCACUGAAUGUGCUAUUGUUGAUGUGCCACAACCUCCAGCAGCCGGUGGUCCACCAGCAGGAAUGGGUGGUGGUAUGCCAGGAAUGUUUUAA